UAAAAAUAAAGUCCACAGCGCGCUCGCGCACUUCAACCUAUUUAUAAUUAUCAGUAAAUCGCCGCCCGAGCGCACGACUGCCGCGGCCGGCGACCGCUCGCUGAAAAGUAAAUUACAAUAGCUAAUCUCGAUGUCGACCUAGCGUCCCCGUCCCGCGUGCCCUACGCGACCCAGGGACACGAAUGUAUCGGAAUCCCUAACACUAACACUCUGCUGAUAUUGUAGAGAUUACACCUACGUAAUAAAUAUUAUCAGAGUCGGGGUGUUAAUAAAACCGCAUAUGAUUGGACAAUACGUGUGAUUUGUGAUUACGAUUAUAUUGUAUCAGUGAUAAUAGUGUAUUGAGUGUUAUAUAAACAUGCCUGAUAGGCCUAAGCGUCGUAAAAACAAUAAGAAUAAGCGGAAAGCAAAAAAUCAACGUACGGACAACAACAAAACUCGUAGUAAUGUGAAUUAUGCUGGUGAUAACGAGAGUUGUGCUAGUGCUAGUCCAGUUAAUUUAACAGAGAAUGUUACACCAGCUGAAUACAAUGUAGACGAUUCAUUAAAUAUCAAGGAAGUGCUAAAAAAUAAUAGUGAUACAUCACAACUUGACAAAGUGCAAUAUAUAGAAACCAGUUCCAUUUCCCCUGCACGUUUUAUUCCGGAUGUAAAUAAUGAUAGUAAUAAUAAUAGACCUACAAUGAAUAAUGAUACUGAUAUUCAAGAUAAUGUUUAUGUGGUUGAAUCUCCAGAACAAACGUUUAAAAAUAAAGCAAAGUUGAUUAGUUCUAUUAAAAGUAAAAGUUUAGAUAACGACGAUGUGCCACAGAUUGUCGACAUUACUGAUGAUAAUAAUAUUCAAUCUGAAGACAUGGCUAUUGCAAUAAUAGAGAGUAAUAGUGCUAUAGUAUCUGAAGUAGAAUCUGACGUAGAAUGGGAAGAAAUUGAUGAUUUACAUGAUGACCAUCCAUCCUACAAAAAAGAAUUAGCUACAGGUACCUUAUCAAUUACAACUAUUCCUCUUAAUACAGCUCAAUGCGAUCAAACAAAGUCACUUACACCUGAGGAGGAAAAAUCGUUGAGACAUUACCUUCAAACAUUAAACUUAUCUAGUAAAUCUAAUGUGAAUUUAAUUGAAAUUAAUACGGAAUUAGAACAAAUUAUAAAUCGAGAAGUUCGCCAUAGAUUGCGUAAAAAAGGUGUAACAGAUGAUUUCAUUGCUCAACGACUAGGGCCUACUAGAAUAUUGGAUGUAAUUGAUGAAGAAGGUAGUGGUGAAUCGUCUGUCACAUCACGUCGUCAAUCUCAUUUGAUUGAUAAAAUAAGUGAUAAUGAAGAAUUGGAAGAUGAUGUUUUCGAAAACAGAAAAAAUAUAAAUAAAUAUUCUACAAAGAUGGUAAAGCAAAAUACGGGACAAAAAAGUUUCGGAAAAUUAUUGCCACAGCAAUGUGUUUUAGUAGAUGCUAAGUUAAAAGAACCUGAACUGACAGAAGCACGAGGAGAUUGGGUAAUGAGAAGUUUAGAAAAAAUGACUGGGGCUGAAAUAGUAUAUUUAACAGAUUCUUCAAGUAGUACAAGCUCUGUACAUGAAAUUGGUGACGAAACCGAUGAAAGUACAGAAACAGAUGUAUCAGUACGUAUGAUAACACCAACAAUUGAGGUAACUGAUACUGAAGAACUGCUAAAAAAUACAUUUUUGUCUAGUAACAAAGACAAAAUAGAAUCGCCUGAAAUACAAACAGAAAAUGAAAACCCUAAGGAAUCUAUUGAAAUAGAAAAAGUUGAAAUAAUAUCAGAACAGAUGGAUCAAGGUAUACAAAAUCCGCAUGAAAUAGUUAUACUGUCUACAGACAAUAUAAAAACUGAUCUUUAUGUUAAAGAUUUUGAACAAUCUAGUGCAGAUUUAAGCUCACAAGAGCAAGUUAACAUUAGCGGUAAUAAAUUAAAGGAUGACACACCUAUACAUAUAAAUGAUACCAUGUCAAAUAUAGAUAUACAAAACACUACCGAUAAUUAUAAUCUAGAAUUAAAAGUUAUAAAAUGUGAAUUAAAUGAUGCCAUAAAUAAUCUUAUAAAAGAGGUCAAUACAGAUUCAAAAACUCCAGCGCAAAUAAACAAAGAUAAUUUCACUCGACAGGAUUCUUCUAGUAGUGUAACUUCAUCUCAGUGUACUAUCAAAUAUAACCCAAAUUAUUCUUCCCUUAAUGAUUUAUCAAACAGAGUUCAUGAUGAUACAUGCGAUAUUACUAAUUCAAUUACAGAAAUAGAAGAUGUACCAGAUGCUAAAAGUCAUGUAAAGGAUGUAUUAGGAUCUGUUACAGCAACAUCUGCUUUAUAUAAGGAUAAAUCUAAUAAGAUUAAAAAUAAACAACCAUUAAGAUUACGUAAUAUAUGUAUAAAAAAGAUAUCUAUGUUUCCAUUUGGAGAUAAAAUAUUGGAAGAACUAGCUUUUGUUUCUGAACGGUUACAAAAUAUUAACAUGACAGGCGUUAAUGUUAAUAAAAAUGAGUCAAGUCAAAAUGAAGAAUCAUAUUUAAAUACAAUGGAACAUUUCCAACAGAAUGAUAUAUCAAACAUUGAGGUAACAUUAUCUGCAAAAGUUAAAGAUUCUCUUCCACCACCAAUAAAACCACGGAAUUCAUCUCUGAAAAAAACUCAAGAUGACACUCAUUGGAGUGGAUUACCAAGUAAGAAUGAACUUGCUUAUGUGUGCUUAUCACCAUCACAGAAAAUGCUUAUGGAAAAGACAAAUACAGUGAUAACAAAAGAAGACACUAGUGAUGUUCUGGAUUAUCAUAAAAAGUCUUUUGAUCCUUGUGGAUAUAAUCAAUUUGAAAUGGAAAACAGAGUUGAACAUGAAAGUAAUAAUAUUGCACCUAUUAUACCAUUUAAGUCCCAAACUGGAAGUCGUUUGCUAGCGUUAAUACGUGAUCCUUCCAUUACUUAUAAAAUAAAUGCACCAAUGAAUAAAUAUAAUAAUAUAGAUUACGAUCGUCAACCAAAGUAUAAUAUGAACAAGAAAAUAGCUUCCGAAGGAAACUUUCAUAACGUACAUUCGUUGCGAGAUUUCCCGAAUACUUUUAAACCCAUUCCACCACCACGGCCAAAAACAUCGUCAUUUUAUGAAAGUGAAGACAGUGCAGAUUUCACUGAUAAUUCUUUUCGAUCAAUGAAAAGUGAACGGAAAUUCUUUCAUUACUCCACAGGAAACUUAAACAAGGAGAUCGAAGAUGAUGUUUCUUCUAUACAGAAUAUGCAUAGACACUUCACAAAUAUACGAGACCGUGGCAUUGAAUAUCCACGCCGACCAUCCUUGCCAAAAGAUUUAUGUGAACAACAAAUGGAAUAUAUUCGUCAAAAAGAAAAGGAAGUAGAAGCUGAAAUACGUCGUAUUGAAAGUGAAAAAAUGAAUGCACCACAGGUUCCUCAAAGAAGACCAAGAGCUCCAUUAAUUUCAGAUCAAGAAGAAAUAAUAAAAAAUGACAGUUAUCUUUAUAAAAGGAAUACAAAGAUCAACUCGCAACAAGAAAAAGGAGAUAAUGCUCGAUUACAUUCGUUAUUUAGUAGCAGUCAAGAAGAGUUAUUACGCGACAAAAUGUAUUCCGAAUAUGUAAAUCAAAUGCAUGAACGACAAGAAAGAAAACAUCAUAAAAUUAUAAAAAUCACUAAUACAGGUAGUACGCUAAAUGCACAAUCAGUAUCUAAAAGUAUGCCAGCUCUCGAUAUACUAAAUUCAAAAGUAAAUAAUCGUAUCGAAAAAGAGUUUAUAUCUAAAGCUAGAGAAAGAUGGGAUAAAUUGGGAAUAAAAGAUCCUGAAACAGAGGAUGAACGAGAAGAGAGAACGGAUAUAUACAGGGAACCUAAAGUAAUAGAACAUAAAAUAAAAGUUAUUGACGAUGGUAAAGAGACUAGUGUUCAAGAUUUACCAAAUCAUUUGCAAGACUUUGUGCGUUUCACAGCAAAAGACAAAACAGACGGGAAAAAUAGUUCUGAGACCGUCAUGAUUGCGCCGACGUUCAAGGCGCGCUCGACCUCGCCAGCGGUGUGGAGGCCGGGCGCGCCGACACCGCCGCCCGCGCCAGCGCCGAGCGCUGCGUGCAGCCCCGGCGCUCCGCCGCCGCCGCCACCUCCGCCCGUGUGGACACCGGGCAGUGCUGGACCCUCACCCCUGUCAGCACGCAAGACUUUCCGCCCAGUGCACUUUGAAGAGACCCCACCUACUCGCCGUAAAUUUAUUAACACGGAUCAGAACGGUUGCACGAGUGGUUCAGAGAGCGAAGGACGGUUGCGUACCUCACAGAGUGCCCCCGCUACCGGACUGAGCACUCUGGGGGGAACGACCCUCAGUAGCAGACUACCUAGGGCACAGAAUCCUACAGUUACUCUCCUACAGAAGGCCAGAGAGGGACAAAUACCACGAGGUUCUAGUUAUCUUCAGCAAGAGAGGGACGGAGUGCGUCUACCUAGAGACAGGCCUUCUCCCCCCAUAGGAGAUCCCGUGCAUGCGCUACGUCAGGGCUACGUUAGUGAAGGCGAGGCCGAGCGGAGUAGCUACGAUCGCGGCGCGCGUAAAAUGGCAGAUGUUCCAAGAAAAGUAGAGGGAAUUGGACCCACGACCAAAGACGGAAUGCCUGUAGCACUUAGAUCAGAAGUUAAAGAUCAAUCGCGAUGGUACAAAAAAAUGUACGAUACAAUCCAUAAAAAUAAAUACGACGACGAUUAUGUGACUAUUCGAUACAAAAAUCGACGAGGUGAAGCCCCCCAGAGAGUGUCCAACAAAUCACAUUACGCAUACUUCGAUCCCCGAUCUGGUUAUCUCAGUGAGCCGGAAGGUGGUCUCAGUAGACUAGGAUCUAGUACCUGGAGCGAUGCAUAUGAUAGUGACGUCACCACUGGUCCUAGAAGAAGAACAGCAUCAGUACAGGAGGACAGAAGGCUUGAUGAUGUUAACUCGCCAUAUCUAUCUAAUAAUAAAUAUACUACAUUAGCGUCUGCGAGAGCUAGUCAAGAAGUAUAUAAAAGUCAACCGGGUAAAAUAGAAAAUUACACACCAGGAAAAUCAUCUGUAGUUGAUAAGGAAGCCAAACAGUGGUGGGACGAGGUCAUGGACAUUUUUGAUGGGUGGCUAGAUGACAACUCCCCUCUGCCCCCUUAUACCACAUUGCUCGCUCGCGCCAUUCAGAAAAGUCAAAAUAUAUCAAGUACAACAUCAUUACCACAAGCAUCUCCAAAAGAUAAGAAAGAUAUAACAUCUUCUAUUUUAUCGAAAUCAAAUAUGGCUAGGGCGUUAAAAGAAUCCGGAUAUGAAUCGGAUUCAACGUUGGUUUUCCGUCGCCGAGAAGAUACGGAGGCACCACUAUCACCAGCUGAACGACGAGCCGCAUACAGAGAUUUGCAGGCAGGAGGAGAGCCACCUCUCCGAGGUUUUCGAUCCCCAGCACCACCUAGGCAAGACGAUUCGGAAAUCGAAUAUAUUCCGAUAUCACCUACGUUGACGAAGAUAAGAAUCCACAAGAAUUCACCGAAACUUCAUGAAGUUAUAUGCUACCCGAUAACACAUAUAGAAACUGGCGUGCGAACAAAAAAACAAACGCCUUCUGUAAGCCGAGAUACACAAAGAAAGUCUAUUAUUACUGAUUUUCCUCCCGCUCCUCCUAGAAGAAUUUCCUCUAGAAAUAGUCGAACUUUACAAUUAGUUACAUCAACUAUUCCGGUAUCUUCUUCGCAUAAACGAUCGUCUUCACAUUCAAAUGUUGAUUUUUUAAAAGACAAAAUAUGUCAUAAAUUAUGUAGGCAAAACACCCAAAUUUUGUCUAAAAAAGGACCAAUGCUAGACACCAAAGGACUCGCCAAAGACCGAGUAAUGUCUACAUCAGCUCCACCAGCCAUUAAUAGAAAAAGUAAUAUUGGACCUAAUUCUGUUACUACAAUUAAAAAAAAUAAUGUUACGAAACCCACCAGCAGUUUUAGUUCUCCUCGAAGAACUUUAUUACCCACUGAAUAUUCAAAUUCAUUGCAUAGCAAAUAUGCUAAUUCACGAACAUCUGUGGUGAUUGAAGGUGGUGCAGGACGAAGAACUCCAAUAUCAAAUAUUCUAGACAGAGUAACAUCACUGGAUAAAUUAUGGAGUUCUGAAAAGCGAAAUGAACGUAUAGAUAUUACAAAGGUUAAACCCAAAUCUCCAAAAAGUAAUAUUAAUUAUACCUCUAAAUUUAAUGUAAUUAAACCAUCAUCAACUCUCACUUUAAAACCAUCAACUUCAGGUGUUACACACAGAAGUAGAGACAUGAUUCGAACAUCGGAAAAAAUACAGAAAUUAAAAAUGUCUAACAUACAUACAAAAUCAGAUCUGGGACCACAAAUAAAAAAUGAUUGUAAAGCAUUAAAAAAACCUAACAUACAAAAAUCUUUGAAUGUUUCGAAGUCAUCAUCAAAAAUUUUGGGUACAAAUAAAAAUAGCCAAAUAAAAACCGCAGUUGUAACUAACCUAAAAAAUAAGAAACCUCUUGAAAGUGUCGUCGUUAGGCCUAGAAGUACACCUUGCCAUGAAUCUUGCAGUAAGAAAUUAAAAGAUAUAAAGAAUAUUACAGGAAAAGUUACUAAAAAUAAAAAUAUAAAGAAAACUUCAUUAAAAUCACCACAUGAUUCAGAAUCUGGAAGUCAAUUUGGUGACUUAUGUAACGAACAGUCAAAUUUUGGUUCCUUUGAGCAUUUGGAUAGUAGAUUUUUAAGCUCUAAGGAAAUCAAAAGAACGCGUGAUGCUGUUAUUUCUAAUUCUUUUUUCCAACACCUAUUUCUAGGAAAUUCUUAUAUGCCGACUACAUUGUACCCUGUUACAGAACCCAAUACUACUGUAUUAGAAAAGGCUAAAAUAUUUCAAUCUGUUCCUAAGGAUAAUAAGGAACCAAAAUCAUUGAAUACUUAUUUAAUUCACCGAAAACCUGUUUCUUUGUCACGUUUCAAAAUGUGGGAUCGAUACACCAGUCCUACAAGAAUAUCAAGUCCUCGUUCUGUAUCAUGGCCCAAUAGAGCGCAUGGUGAAAUACGUAAAUUUGAUAGUUUAUUAAAAUGUAAUGAAUUUGGAUCAAAUUCAUCUCUUGCUACAGUUCGGAGUAAAAGUGAACCACCUGUCAAUAAAAUUUAUUUUUCCCAAACCUCGCGACCUAAAUCUCCUACUGUCCUCUUUUAUAAGAAAGAAAAACAGAAAACAUCACCUGUAAGUACUUGUACUUCUCCUACGAGACUAAUUUUUUCACAAACAUCAAGGCCAGUUUCUCCAAAAGUAGUUCAUAAAGUUCCAAAAAUGUCAAUAACUACAUCUAUUUCACGCCAGUUGAAAUCCCCUACAAGAAUGAUAUUUUCUGAAACUGUGCGUCCAGUUUCACCAUCAGUAAAUAAACUAGUAGAAUCAGAUCUAGUAGAUGAAAACAUAGAUAAAUUUCCAGCUACAUUGUUCUUUUCUCAAACCUCAAGACCUGUUUCACCAAAAGUUAUAAAACAGACUUGUAAUAAAAUCUCCAGCAGAAGUCGUUCUACUUCACCAAUUUCUAUUAGAUCUCCAUCGUAUCGCCGUAUUCAUAGUGCAAAAUUACACAGUGCCAAACAUUUCAAUGACAAUAUAACAAGUUUCUUACGAACAAGAAGUGCUGGUGAUGCUGAUGAAAAAGUUACAAAACAAUCAAUGAAAAUAAAAACAAAGAGUGAUACUAGUUUAUAUAACGAUGAUCCAGAUUAUGCUGAAUAUGUUCAUGACAUGGAAAAUACUAAAAUAAGAUCUGAGCGAUUUCGCGAGUUGAAUAGAUAUUAUACAUAUUUAGAAAGAGUAGGGGAGUUGGAAAAGGCGACUUCCAGAAGUGAAUUACGUCAUAGAAGAAAAGAUGAGGAAAUUAUUGAUUUUGAUCGCUGGAAGAAAAUAAGAGCUAUUGAAAGAGCUGAAGAGGAAUUAAAUAAUUUAUAUUUUAAAUUGAAAAGAGCACAGAAUGAAAGUGACGUCCUUUUCUAUCCCAGAGAUUUAAAAGAUUUUAGAUGGAAAUAUGAUAGAGAUAGAGGUUUAAGAACGAAAGAGAAAUCGGUGGAAGACCUUAAAGAGCACUUUCAACAAGUUACUUAUAAUGAACAAGAUUUAGAUGCAAUGCCUUCCAAGGAUACAUACAAACCCCUGUGGAGAGGUACUAGUGUAGCUGAAACAGCAUUUAAUAUUAAUAGAAAAAAUGAUGUGGAGAAAACUAAAAAAGAAAAAAUUACUUCUACUAAGCCUUCAAUUGCUCUACAGCAAGAUUCAUCUUUGAUCGAGCUUCGUAAAAAGAUAGGCAUUGGAAAUCGUUUAUGGAGCAGCUUAUCAAUGGAGCAAGUGAAUGCAUUAAAAAGUCAACUUAAUGCCAUAUACAGCAAAGAAUUAGAAGCUAAAUCAAAUAGAGAAAUCGAUAAGUUUUCUAUCAAUGUAAAAGAACCAAAAGAAGCAGAACAUUCACCAUUACAUAUAAGAUGUAAUUCACUUAUCAUGUCACAGUACCCUUCUAAAGACGAAAAUAAACAAAAACUCACUAAGUCUGAAUCUAUAGCUGCUAUUUCUUGUCCGAUAACUUCUGUAAAAGAAUUAAAAAAUAAUGUUAAUAAAAUUCAAAUGAGUCUUAGUGAAAAUGAAAAAAGAAAAAUUUCCCAAACGCUUAGCAAAGAAAUCCUAGAUAGAGUAAAUAAAUUCGAUAAUCCUACACCACUUCCACUCCGAGAAGAAUUGGAAAAUAGUAAAAUUAGUGAGAAAUUAGAUAUGAAAAGCAGUGAAAAUGCCUCUCUACUUAGUACACAAACCAAUAUUCUCAAAGACGACAAUAUAAAUAAAACUAAUGAGAGACAUAUUGUUUAUCCAAAAGAAAUAUCUGAUACUCAGUAUCAAUCGCCCCUGAGUGAAACUGACACAGCUAGUUCAGAUGUUUCAAAUAAAACUGUAAUUUAUAAGGGACCUACUAAAGAAGUGAAAAAAAAAGUUGAAUAUUUUGAAUCAGUUAGCACAAUAGCAGAUCAAGCAAAAACUGUCUACCAUGCACGACAAAGUUCAGAUGAACAAUCCGAACAAAAUAAAAUGGUAGCAACUAAAUGCCUAGAUAUACCGGAAUCAGAACACCAAACAAAUCUAAUAGUACAAUCACAGUCAUGCACAAAUUUUAAAGAACUUUUUGGAGAAAGCGAACGAAAUAAAUUUAUGUCACUUCCAAUAAAAUCUAUAUGUUCAAGAUCAUCCUCACCUCAAUCCGAAGUGCAGGUUACCGAACGGCAAACGCCUGACACGCUACGGUACUCGAGCGAUGAGACAAUCUGGCGCAGUCGAAGUCCGUCGCCCGACCCGGAGCGUUAUUGGCGUGCUUAUCUCAACCUGGCACGGGCGGGAGAAGUGCGCCGCCUUGCGCGACGAUUCGAUUCCCCCACUGCAGCGGGUGCAAUUCUACGUCGUCACAGAAGUGACCCUGAGAUUACCCGAAAUGUUUUAUGUAAUAAUUGGGCUUCUAUCGAAAAAUCUUUGCGACGCGAACGUAAUAUUUUACCAGUCGCACGUAUACCACUUCGUCCAACGAACCGCUUUAUGCCACAUAUUGACAUCAUUUCGAAAUUGGCUUCCCUUCGAAGGCGUACAGUGCCCAGAUCUAGAUCCGCUGAAGAAACUUUAGAAUGUCGUAUUGGAGAAGUGGAUCGCAUGCGACGCAGAUUUGAAACUAUGUCAUUAUUGGGACAAAUUUAUGCAUCCGCACCUGAUAUAAAUGAACUGCGAGAUAUUGCACCAUAUUUAGCUGGACCUUGGGUUGCACAUCGUUAUCCUAAAAUUACCGAUAACAACAAAUGUAUCAAAGAUCCUAAUAUUUUAGUACGUGGUCGUAAUUCACCCAUAAAGAAGGAUAUUAAAAAAUCUACUCCCAAGAAUUCUGUGACACUGAGUUCUAUUCUUAAAAGCGACGUGUUCGCGAAACAAGAAUUUAAUCCGUCUGCGCACCGGCCAGCGAGCCGCUACGAGCCCCCACGUGCUCCACCUCGUCCACCGCCGGCUGCGUGGCCCUAUUGUGUCGCGCCGUACAUCAUGCCAUCGCGACACACAGUUACAUUCCAAGAAAGCGAGUCAGCACCGGAACCACCAAGGAGAGCACCUCAUGGGAAUUAUUCUGAUAAAGAAUCGCCGCGGCGUUAUGUGGAGAGCGACGUGAACAUCCACUAUCGAUGCCCAGUCCGACAUGAUCCAUUACCGCUCGUGCCAGAGCGCGAACUUGCCCGCCAGCAGGCUGAGCACAUGAAACGGCUCUACAGAGAACAGAAGAGGAACAAAUACCUACAGGAAAAUGAUAUACAACCCUUGGACAUAGAAGCGUUUGAUGCUUCCAUUAAGGAACUACAAGAUAUGCAAAAUAGACGUCAUCAAGACAACUUCACGCCUUCUCAGAAGAACAUUCUUCCUCUCAACAGAUAUGAUGAAGCAGAAAAAGUAAUUGCCCGAGCACUAUACGCAUUUAAUGGUCAAACUGCUAGAGAAUUGAGCUUCAGAAAAGGUGACUUUAUUAACGUAAGACGACAGAUCGAUGCCAAUUGGUACGAGGGCGAAGUUCAUGGAAGAAUAGGAUUAUUCCCAUACAAUUAUGUCGAGAUAAUGAAAGGUGACGUAACACAAUCACCGAAAAAGUCUGUCUUAUUAGAAGGCAGAGCGAGAGCCAAGUUCGAUUUUAUAGCACAGACCAAUCUAGAGCUUCCACUAAAGAAAGGCGAAGUUGUUGUGUUGACGAGACGCAUAGAUCAAAAUUGGUGGGAAGGUAGAAAUGGCAAUAAAACCGGCAUCUUUCCAGACAGCUAUGUGACGGUGUUACAAGAACCUAGUGCAAAUAAACCUGAACCGCAACCGAUCUUGUCUACUGACAAGCCAGUUGCAUCGCCAGCUGCGCAUGGUCUCGUCAAUGGAACAGCAAAGCGAAGUAUGGGAGCACACAGCUACUUACCUCAACCAAACAGCCCUGCGUUAUCUAACGCACCUCCUGCCACACAACCACUGCCAGGUUACGUAGCGAAGCCGGCGCAGGUAACGCAGACCCCGUCGGAGCGCGGGUACGGUCCGCCGAGCGGCGCGGGCGUCGACCUCAAUAACACCGAACCCCUCUAUGUUGACACCAAUGCUGAGGCGGUGCCGUAUCGAGCCAUGUAUAAAUAUCGACCACAGAAUCCUGACGAGCUGGAGUUAAAUGAAGGCGAUACAGUUUACGUUCUAGAGAAAUGCGACGACGGCUGGUACGUGGGCUCUAGCCAACGAACUGGGCGCUUUGGUACCUUCCCAGGCAACUACGUGGAGCGCAUAUGAUAGCGCGAGAUGUCGCUACUGCGGCGACUGCGACGCGCUACGCUAUGUGCGCGGCGACGCUCGCCGCCCGAUACUCUACAUACAUAAUGUCUGAACUUAAUACUAGCACAGUUGCAAGAUUAUUCAACUAUGAUCAGGCAUUUACGUGCUCUUAUUUGAAAUCAGUUUGCACUAAGUCAAAGUAAAACUCGAUCUGAUGUUUGUCUGAUAUAAAAUUUGAACUACUUUAAAUUUGUAAAAUGCCAUUCAAUGGUAUCCAACCUGUGGAAAUAUUGUUAAAUAGAUAAGUAUCUUUGAAACAACAAAGAAUAAUGGCCUAAUGAUACCAAAAUUUACCAUGACUUUUUAUAUACAAUUUUGUACAAAUCAACAUAAAUUUUAAGAUCCGACGGCAUUAUUAUAACUAGAUAGAUGAUAUUAACUGUAACAGAUUAAUUCUUUUAUACUAAAGUAUUUAUUAAGCAUUGCUGUUCUUAAAAAAUGUCGUCGAUGAAACUACUUCAUGUUGAUAUACGGUCGGCUUUUUGGCAUAUCUACAUAAUAUAACAUGUCAGUUAUAUUAAAAACUGUCAUAUCAUUCAUCUCAAGCUUUUACCAAAACUUAUUUGAUUUCGUUAAA